CACAUCCGUGGGAGCCUUCACACAGAUAGGAGCAUUAUUAUGACCGUCACCCGGAGAACAUGGCCCUUCUCUUCUUCAUCAUUUCAUUGCUGUGCACAACUGGAGUAACGCCAGCGCAGUUCCAGAUCCAGCCCGAGAGUGACGCGGUGCUAACAGGGUCCGAGGCGAGAUUCAACGCUAGUUUGAAGGGGAAGUGGCAGAUCAUGAUCUGGGAAGUGCAAAAGCUGUUGGUCAUGACCAUCAGUGCGGAGACGGGUCCCAUUCCUUCUUCGGAGCGGUUCUCCGCCACCAACUACUCCACCGGCAGUACAAGCCGCUGGGAGUUCUCCAUCCGUAACGUCAGCCGCAAUGACUCUGGGCCGGUCACCUGCAUCGUCCAGGGGCAGUUCGGAGCGAGGACGGCCCAGCUCCUUGUGCAAGAAAGCGGUACAGUGGACAUCCUGGGCGGGAACUUGACAGCGGCUCAGGACCAGCAGGUUGAGUUCCAGUGUGUAACGAGCGGUUGGUUUCCCGAACCCGCGGUCAACUGGUCACGAAACGGCGAGGUUGUGGAAACCAGCCUUUUCAACACCACCACCUCCCAGAGCCAUGGGUAUAUGUUUAAUUCGACCAGCAUCCUGAAAUUCAACGCUGUCAGCAACGCCACGGUGGAGUGCCUGGUGACCGUCCCAGCCUUGAUAAGUCCGCUGUCCAGCUCUGUCCACUUGGUGGUUGUCCCCAACCCCACCGACUGGACCGUGCUAAUAGCCGUGGUUGCGUCAGUUGGGGGCUUUGCUCUGCUGGUGCUGCUUAUCCUUGGAAUAAUCUUCUGCUACCAACGCAGGAAAGUACAAGAGCCCGGUUACCAAGACGAGAUGAGAGCGAGGACACAGAGCCAGAUAAGCGGCGAGGGCGCAAAUGGAACGAGACGGGGACAAGUUAACCUGGGAUACCAGACAGAUGGCCAGACGAGUGUGCCUCCCAGUGAAUCUGGCGACAGCAGCUUUAGCAAGACAGACGACUCCAACAUUUGCGAGAUCCCCGAUAUUAUCAAAAGCAACCUGGAUGAAAACGGCCACGGCGGAGCCCGCCACACCCCGGGUGGAUUUAGGAAACACAGACACGUCACCAUCGUGUAAGGACGGAAAGACUCGGAGCAGGGGCUCUAAAAGUCGAACGUCUUCCGGAGUUUGGGAGCGGCCGUUGACGCAGCAUCUCGGCACUUUGGGACUGCCGGCUUCGGCUCGCGCCCUGCAGAGUGUGGGUGAACACGGUUCUGUCGGUCAAACUCCAGGGGGGGGAGAUGUCCCACCGCGUUAUGAAAUGACGUUAAAUAACCCCGUUGAAAGCUCUGGCAACCAUCUUCCUCUGGAAGUGCUGCGUUAAAGGUUUUCCACGCAGCCCGUUUGCAUACGCAGCAGCAGCAGGCAGACUGAAGCGGCGUCGGAGGCCUUAGGAACACCACCCCUGACCCCGUCUUAUAUCGACUCCUGUUUGUUUCUCUCAAAUUAUUUUGUUUGCCCGAUUUUAUACUAUAAUUUCAUAUUAUAAAGCCAC